AUGGCUGACAACCAGCAAACCGAAUCCUCUGAUAAACAGCCUGUUGAUGCACCAAUUUUACCAAGGUUAAAUGCAGGAACUUACGGGAUUUUGCCUGGAUCAAGCACUGCACCAAAAAUGGAAUGGCCGGAAUUAAUAGGCCACACUCCUGAAGAAGCAGAGAAAAAGAUCAAGGAAGACAUGCCGAGGGUUCAAAUUCAGGUGGUCCAAGCUAAUUCUUUUGUUACCAUGGAUUUUAACCGGGGAAGGGUUCGAUUAUAUCUUGACCCUUCAGGAAAAGUUGAGAGGCCUCCAAGAAUUGGCUAAAAUCCAGCUUGAUCUGCCUUCUA